AUGGUGUGUCGUGGUGAAAACUCUGCACAGGCGAAAAGAAGUCUCGAAUCGAAGGGGGAUAUUAUCAGGAUCCCAGAGUGUGAUAUGUCGGCGAUGGCAGAAAGAUUCAAGUUGACUCUCAUUGGACGUGUUCUGCAUCUGGGUGGUAGGAGUAUUGAAGCUCUGAUCUCACAAUUGCCCAGACCUCGUAUUUGGAACGUUGAAGGAAGGGUGAGGGCAAGGAACUUAGGGAACGGACGUUUUCAAUUCGAUUUUGACAAUGAGAGAGACCUACAAGCGGUCCUUAACAGAAGGCCUUGUCACUUUAAUCAGUGGAGCUUUGCCCUGGAGAGAUGGGAACCUUUUACUAGGGAAGAUUUCCCAAACACAAUUCCCUUUUGGGUGCAAGUUACGGGGGUGCCGGUACACUUCUGGAAUGACGGUACUUACACGGAGAUAGCAAAAGCUUUGGGAACAAAGAUGGCAAUUGAUGCAAAAAGUGCCCGCAUUCAAAUUUCUGUCAAUAUUGACAAGCCUCUCCAGUUCGAAGGCAGAGUGGGGUUCCCGAAUGGAGAUAUUGGGAAGGUCACUUUCCUAUAUGUGGGCCUUCACAGAUACUGCUUCACUUGUAAAAUGAUUUCUCAUGAUGAGAAUAACUGUCCGGAGUUAACGGAAGAUCAGAGGGAACAAAAACGUCUACAGAGGUUGGCUCUAAACAACUCUGGCUUACAGCUCCAGUUAGAUGGUUAUGAUCAUGGCCAUGGACGUAAAAAUGGUAGCAACUGA